AUGAGUGAUAAAACAAUGUUCGUUGGUAUAUUCGAUCGUUGUGAAAAUUAUCGGAGUGACUUGAACACUAUAUUGAAUAAAAGUUACCUAAUUUGUAAUGAUAAUAAAUAUUAUUUUAACAACAAUGCAAAAUGUGGAAACCUAACAAAUUUAACAUUAAACCCACGACCUCAAAGCCAAUUUCUCUGUAAUUCGAACAACAAUCCAUAUAAUUGUGAUUAUUCACCAAUAGCCAAAGGUCUUAUUGCAGGUACAAUAAUUGCUGCUUGUACACUUGCAGUUAUAACUAUAUGUUUAUUAUGUGUUGGAUGCAUAUUUAUUCUUAUAACACUUAUUUUAUUUGGUUCAACAAUGCGAUAUGAUUUAUAUCAAUAUCGUUAUGAUUUAGAUCUUCGUUUACUUAAUUGUUCCUCACCAGAAGAACUUAAAACCAAUAUCACCAAGGAAGUUGAUAAUAAUUAUGACAUUCGUCUUGAUUGGUCAAGUGCUUUAGAAAUCGUAGCAUUAAUAUUAUCAAGUUUUACAUUAGUUACACAAAUCAUUUAUCUAAUUUCUACAUAUCGAAAUCGGAUAGGUUAA